AUGAGGGUUAUCAUCAUCAUCGGCCACACACCACCAUCUCCUCCUGGAAUCCUCAAAACACUACAAAGAAGGGUUAUUAGACCUUUUAUUUCCAGUUGGGAACCAUGUAUCAGUGCUGCUGAUGGCUGUGUUGUGGGAUCCAGCUCUUCCCAGUGGGAGAGUGGGCAUUGUCUGGGCAAGGGCAGUGGUACACCCAGCAUCACCAGAUCUGCUUAUGAACACUUUGAUGAAAUCCUCCGAGAAACCUCAGAAAUGCUUGGGAGUUGGGAGGUGGUGGUGGAAGUUAACAGUGAAUUUAGAAUCCAGAAGUUAAUAGAUACUACUACUUUAUCCUGCCCAUUCAAGGUAAGAGAUUACAACACCAAAAAUGGCACCAUCAAGUGGCAUUCAAUCAGGAGGCAAAAACGUGAAUGGAUCAAGUUCGCUGCAGCCUGUCGUGAAGGUGAAGACAAUUCAAAGAGGAACCCAAUUGCCAAAAUUCACUCAGAUUGUGCUGCAAACCAGCAAGUUACAUACCGCAUCUCUGGAGUAGGAAUUGAUCAGCCACCUUAUGGAAUCUUCAUUAUUAAUCAAAAAACUGGUGAAAUUAAUAUAACAUCCAUAGUUGAUCGAGAGGUCACCCCUUUUUUCAUUAUCUAUUGCCGGGCUCUGAAUUCCAUGGGUCAAGAUUUAGAGAGGCCUCUCGAGCUCAGAGUCAGGGUUUUGGAUAUAAAUGACAACCCUCCAGUAUUUUCUAUGUCUACUUUUCUGGGACAAAUAGAAGAAAAUUCUAAUGCAAAUACACUGGUGAUGAGACUCAAUGCUACUGAUGCAGAUGAACCAAAUAAUUUGAACUCAAAAAUAGCCUUCAAGAUCAUAAGACAGGAACCUUCUGAUUCACCAAUGUUUAUUAUCAAUAGAAACACUGGAGAAAUUCGAACAAUGAAUAAUUUUCUAGACAGAGAGCAAUACAGCCAGUAUUCCCUUGCUGUGAGAGGCUCAGACCGAGACGGUGGGGCAGAUGGCAUGUCAGCAGAGUGUGAAUGCAACAUUAAAAUCCUUGACGUUAAUGAUAACAUCCCGUACUUGGAACAGUCUUCAUAUUCUGUUAGUAUUGAAGAAAAUGCUCUGCAUUCAAAUUUGGCCCAGAUUAGAGUAAUUGACUUGGACGAAGAGUACUCAGCUAACUGGAUAGCAGUCAUUUUCUUUAUCUCUGGAAAUGAAGGAGGUUGGUUUGACAUAGAAAUGAAUGAAAGAACAAAUGUGGGAAUUUUAAAGGUUGUUAAGCCCCUAGAUUAUGAAGAUAUGAAGAAUCUGCAACUUAGUAUUGGUGUCAGAAAUAAAGCUGAAUUUCAUCAUUCAGUUAUGUCUCAAUACAAACUCACAGCAACCGCCAUCUCUGUGACUGUGUUAAAUGUAAUUGAAGGCGCAGUGUUCCGUCCAGGUUCAAAGACAUAUGUAGUGACUAGCAACAUGGGACAAAAUUAUAAAGUGGGAGACUUUAUAGCUACUGACCUUGACACAGGUGUAGCUUCAACAACUGUUAGAUAUGUAAUGGGAAAUAAUCCUGCUAACCUACUUGAUAUUGACUCAAGAACAGGCAUAAUUACUUUGAGAAAUGCAGUUACCAUGGAACAAUAUAAAAUGCUUGGGGGGAAAUACCAAGGAACAAUUCUAUCUAUAGAUGAUACUCUUCAAAGAACUUGUACUGGAACAAUUAAUAUUAACCUCGACGGUUCCGGCUGGGAAGAUGAAGAUAAAAGUAAUCAGGGAACCACUACUGAAGGCGAUGGAAAUGACGGCGGUGGAAGUGCCACUGGAGGUGCCACUGGAGGUGACACCGGAGGUGACACCAGUACUAACACAGCCGACAAAACUUCCACUGAUUACGGCGGUGGUACCAAUACAGACGGCAACACCUAUGACCGACCAGAUGGUGGUUACCAGAGAAAUCCCUUAGAUAAUGUCCAUUUUGGUCCUGCUGGCAUUGGACUACUCAUCAUGGGAUUCUUGGUCCUAGGAUUGGUCCCGUUUUUGUUGAUCUGUUGUGACUGCGGCGGCGCCCCUCGUGGGGGCGCUGGCUUUGAGCCUGUCCCCGAAUGUUCAGAUGGAGCAAUUCACUCAUGGGCAGUAGAAGGACCACAGCCGCCUCCCAUAAGUGGACCCACUGUCUGUGUACCACCGGUACUACCUAGUAAUGGAAAUCUGAUUGAAUGCAUUGACACCUCAGGGGUUUACACAAAUGAGUAUGGCGGCAGAGAAAUGCAAGAUCUAGGAGGAGGAGAAAGAACAACAGGAUUUGAACUAACAGAAGGAGUUAAAACACCAGGAGUACCUGAGAUAUGUCAAGAAUAUUCUGGAACAUUAAGAAGAAAUUCUAUGAGAGAAUGUAGAGAAGGAGGUCUGAAUAUGAACUUCAUGGAAAGUUACUUCUGUCAGAAAGCAUAUGCUUAUGCAGAUGAAGACGAAGGACGCCCAUCCAAUGACUGUUUGCUCAUAUAUGAUAUUGAAGGUGUAGGUUCCCCUGCUGGCUCCGUGGGCUGUUGUAGCUUCAUCGGAGAAGACGUGGACGACAGCUUUUUGGACACACUGGGGCCUAAAUUUAAGAAGCUGGCAGAUAUCAGCCUGGGAAAAGAAGCUGAACCAUAUCCAGACCCUGAUCCCUCUUGGCCACCUGAGAGCACCGAACCGAUCUGCCCUCAGCAGGGAACAGAGCCCGUCAUUGGUGGACACCCACCCAUCUCCCCACAUUUCGGCACUACAACUGUCAUCUCUGAGAGCACCUACCCCUCAGGACCUGGUGUACAGCAUCCUAUGCCUAUUCCUGAUCCUCUGGGCUAUGGUAAUGUCACUGUGACAGAAUCUUACACCACCUCUGGCACUCUGAAGCCCUCUGUCCAUGUUCAUGAUAACCGACAUGCAGCAAACGUAGUGGUGACCGAGAGGGUGGUUGGCCCAAUCUCUGGCACUGAUCUGCAUGGAAUGUUAGAGAUGCCUGACUUGAGAGAUGGGUCAAAUGUUAUAGUGACAGAAAGGGUAAUAGCACCAAGUUCAAGUCUACCCACCUCUUUGACCAUGCCUGAUCCUAGAGAGUCAUCAAAUGUGGUAGUGACAGAAAGAGUCAUCCGACCAGUUUCUGGCAUGAUGGGCAAUCUAAGUAUACACCCUGAGUUAUCAAAUGCCCAAAAUGUGAUUGUGACAGAGAGGGUUGUUUCUGGCUCUGGCAUGAGCGGAAUUAGUGGCCCCGCUGGGAUAAGUGGAGGCAGUGGCCUGGUUGGCAGUGCAGCUGGAGUAAGUGGCAGUGGCAUUGGGCAGAGCAGCCUGGGAGGAGGUGGGGGCCUGAGUAGCAGCAUGGGGGGGACAGCCACCAUUGGCCACAUGAGGAGCUCCUCUGACCAUCACUUUAGCCAGACCCUUGGAUCUGCCUCCCCUAGUACAGCCCGAAGUCGAAUCACAAAAUACAGUACAGUACAAUAUACGAAGUAGCCAGGAUCCCAGCACACUUGUUCUCAGUAAUGGUGAUUCAGAUCCAGUUCCCACCACCAAAAAACUAACGAUGUGAUUUGUGAUGCACAACUCGGUGCUAAGAAACCGUGGAGCAAAGUGAGAAACCACAAUGGGAAAAAUAGAUGGAAACAGUGCUGUUGGGCAAGAGCUCUCCUGAGCAUUUGUAAACUUUUUUCUUACAUUAAUACUAAUGGGAUCGCGACAGUGAACUAAAACUUGAGACAGCAUCUUCUUUGUGCCUAUAUGGCCUGUAGGGUCUUCUUUGCUUCUGUGUGGCCUGUCAUGUAUCUCCAGCACAUGGAAUAAAUUAAGCUGAGUCACGCAAAGCACUGGCCUUAAGACGGCAAUUGGCACAAUUCUCCUUGCCCUGUUUUGACUUGCCAUGUAGCUCAGGCAAUAUUGAAAAAGGACUAAACAUGCAAUAUGUGCUCAUGUAUGUAGGAAGAAUUUGAAAUACGUGUCAGGCACCCUGUC